AUGAAAUUACAGUAGUUUUGUUCUAUUUUGUUACUUCAAUUUCUAAGCAUAGAUAGUUUAGAAAUAUCUAAAAAUUGCGUUUGUGGGCAUGUUAGAAGUUAAAAGGAAUGCAAAAGUUCUGGUAUUUGCAUUUGGGAAAUGAAUAGAUGUAAAUUAAACUCAGGCCAAUAUUACAAAAUGGAAAUCUAAAAUUAGCACCACUGCAAAUAAUUUGCAAAAGAGGAUUGUAGAGAAUAAGAAUAAUGUGGCUUUUAUUUGGGUUAAUGUAUUAGCUUUGAUGAUUGUCGAAUUUUUAAUAAAGAUUAUUGUUAAGAAUCUUCAUAUAAAUGUGUCUCUGAUGGCACAAAAUGUGUUAAAAUGUUAGAAUGUAAUGAUUAUAAAACAGAAAAUGGUUGUUCAAAUAAAAAUUAACAUGGUAACUAUUGCUUUUGGGUAUAAGACAAAGAAAAAUAAUGUAGAGAUGUUAAAAUAUGUUAAGAAUUACCAAUAUAUUUAAUGAGUCAUAUUAUGUGUAAAGAAGGUUUCGAUUUUUGCACAGUAAGUGAGAAAGGUUAUGGAUGUAUUGAGUAAAUGGAGUAAUGUUCAUAAUAUAUUAAUGAUUUUUAAUGUUUUGAAACUAGAUAAAACAAAAAGUGUUUUUGGAACUAAAAAAAUGGUAAAUGUGUAGAAAAGGUUUGUGAGAAUCUACCAUUUUCAUAAGAUUAUGAAUGUCAGUCGCAUUUAAGUGAUUGUACAUCAAAUGGAAUUCAUUGUAUAAAAAGGAAGGAAUGUAGUGAUGCUUAAAAUAAAUUUGGUUGUUUUACAGACAUUUAGGGUAAGAAAUGUGAAUAUUAUUAAAAUGAAUGUAAAAUCAAAAGUUGCAGCACUGCUUCAAAUUCCUUAACAAAUUAUUAAUAAUGUUAGGAUUAUGAUAAUUUAUUAGAUUGUGUUACUUCAGAAAAUGGGGGAUGUAAAAAAAGACCUGAAACAUGUGAUGGUUAUAUCAGGGAAAUGGAUUGUUAUUCUAAUCAAUAAUAAGAUUGUGUAUGGUAUUACAAUAAAUGUGAAUACAGAUAAUGUUAUCAUGCUCCGUUUUAUUAUAAUCAUACAGAUUGUAAAAAAUAUGGAAAUUGUAUUGGAAAAUUAAAUGGUGGAUGUUAAGUAACACCUUAAAUAUGUAAUGAAAUCUUAGAAGAAUAAUUUUGUGAAUUUAAUUAUAACAAUGAAAAGUGUUUUUGGUUAGAAGGUAAUUGCAUAUUAUUAGAAUGUAGUAUAUUAAAAUUACCAUUUUAUAAAAAUCAUUAAAUAUGUUAAUAAGCAAGUUCAUUUUGCACUUUUAAUCUAGAUUCUAUAGGUUGUACAGAUUAUCUAUGUGAAAAUAUUUUAGAAAUUGAAUAUUGUUCUAUUGAUUCAAGUGGUACUAUUUGCACAUUGAACUAAGGGUGUAUAAAAAAGAAUUGUAAAUCAGCACCUCCAUCUUAUGAUACCAAUGCAAAAUGUGAAAAUUGGUUAUCAAAUUGCACAGUUAAUGUUUAAGUUUUAUCAAAUUCAAAAAUUUUAAUUGGAUGUGUAGAUAAAUAGAAUAGUUGUAUACAUGCUCUAUAGGAUCAAUGUUAUUCAACACUUUCAGGAUUUUAGUGUAAAUGGGAUUAAAUUGGAUAAAUAUGUCUUGAUCAAGUUUGUACAGAUGCAAAUCCUAAUUCUUAUUAAACUAAUGAAUUAUGCUAAUCAUUUAAAGUAUUUUUAGGUUCUUGCAUAAUUGGACCUACUGGAAUUGGAUGUUAAUAAUGGCCAAAUGAUUGUAAUUUUAUGGUGAGUUAAUAAUAGUGUUAAUUAAAUUUAUAAAAUGGAACAAAAUGUUAUUGGAAUGGUAGUUAUUGUAAAAUAUAAGAAUGUUCAGAUGCUUCUAAAAUUAAUUACACCAACAAUGUAGAAUGCAACUUAUGGUUAGAUUAUUGUAUUUUUGAUCAUGUUUAAGGAGGAUGCAAAAUGCGAAUAAAUUCAGUUGCUUGUACAUCUUCACCAAACCAUAGCAUGUAUAGUACUCAUGAAUAAUGUUAUGCAUGGAAUCCUAAAUGUACUGUUACUUCUUCCUCUAAAGCAGAAGGAUGUGAAGCAAAGAAAGAAAAUUGUAAUGAAUAUAUUAGAUAAAGAAAUUGUUAAACGAAUUUGCUUGGACAAUAUUGUUAUUGGGAUGAUGCAGAAUAAAAAUGUAAAAAUGAGGAUGAUGAUAAUAAUGGAUAAGUUGAUUGUCAUAAGAGAAUUUAUGGAGAAUUAUCUCAUUAAGAUUGUGAAACAUUCUUACCUAAAUGCACAUUAAAUGAUAUAAAUAGAAAUUGUGCAAAUCUUUCAUUAAUAUGUGAUUAUAAAUAUCAAUAACAGUGUGAAAUCACUUAUGAACAAUAACCUUGUAAAUGGGAUUUUUAAAAUUAAUUAUGUAAAGAUGUACCUUGUACUGAUAAUACUACUGCUAAAACCGAGGCUGAAUGUUUAAAAUUUAGAAAAUAUAAUUAAUGUUAAUUAAUUAUUAAUUCUAAUGGAACAUAUGGACCUGGUUGUGAAUGGAGACCGUCUUAAUGUGGGUAUAUUACAAAUCCUACAAUAUGUAAAUUAACUUUAACUUUAAAUGAACAUAAAUGUUAUUAUUUUAAUUCUCUAUGUUAAAUUGUACAACCAAAAUAAUGUGAGUUCAUUACUGAUAGUAAAAGUAAUGAAGUUUGUCAAUUAUAUAAUAGAGAGUGUAUCCUAUAAUCAAGUGGAUAAGGAUGUUAUUCUACUGAAUCUUGCUUAGAUUUAUCUAAUUAAAUAUGUAACAGUGCAAUCAUGUAAAUUAAUUAAUAAUGUAACUAUUAUGACAAAUGUCGACCUGAUAUAAAUUGUUCUGAUAAAUUUUUAUCCGUUAAUACUUGUGAUGGCUUAAAAACACGAUUAGGAUAAUUAUGUCAGUAUAAAUAAACCUGUAGUUUAUGUCAAUUUUAAUGUAUUGGAUAAACAACACGAAAGAAUUUUAAUUUUUCUAACAUGAACCUUUCAGAUAAAAGAUAGAAAUGUUAAGACUAUUCAUCAACUUAUAUUUAUAAUACAAGUUGUAAUUGCUGUGUCUUAUUAACUUCUUGUAAUAGUGUGUAAGGUUCAGUGGCACAUUGUAAUUCAUCAGUAGCUCAGUUAAGCUCUACUUUACAAAAAUGUGGAUAUAAUUCCACAAACUCAACUUGUGAGAAUAGAAAAUGUGAACAUUUAAUUAGUGUAACUUCAGAUAAAGAUUGUUAUGAUUGGAAUUAUGAUUGUGUUCGUGGUACUACUGGAUGUAAGACUUUCGCAGGUAAUUGUACUGAAAUAAAAUUAAUAUACUAAUGUUAAAUAUUUUAGUGCACUUGGUAAAUGGGUAAAUGCGUGAAAAAUAUUGAUUGUCAACUUAACACAACUGCUAUAACGAAUCGUGAAUGUUUAUUAAUAAAUUCUACAUAUUGCAGAUUAAAUUACACAAAAGGUUAAGGUUGUUCCUUUAUGGAUUGCAGUUAUAUUACAGAUUAAACUAUAUGUAAUUAAACAAACAUCAUUAAUGGGUCUAAUUGUAAAUGGUAAACAUCCUAAUGCAUUAGAAAAUUUUGUUCUGAAUAUAUAAUAUAAUCUGAUUGUGAGAGUAGUUAUGGUUAUUAUACGCAUAUAGUAGGAAAAUGUUAUUGGUGUUCAAAUAAUACAACCAAAUGCUCUAAUAAUAAAAACUGUAAUUUAGGUAGCAUUAUCUAACCUAAAUCGCAUUAAGAUUGCAACGAAAUAAAUUUCAUACAAACAAUUUAAUUUUCAUUAACUUCAAAAUGCACAAUAAAAAAAUAACUAUGUUCAGAAUACAAAUAUUAAGAUGCUUGUGUAAGUAGAAUUGAUGGCAUAGUCUGUUAUUGGGAUUCAACUGAAUGUAAAAAUAUCUGUUAAGAUCCAUCACUUUCGAAUAUUACGAAUGAUAAUUCUCAAUGUUUCCUUUGGCGUCCAUAUUGUAUGGCAGCAGUAGGUUCAGGGUGCCAAUUACUCAACUGCUUAUCUUUAACCACUAAUUCAGAGUGUGAUAUUUUUAUAAAUAAAUGUAUUUGGAAUGGAUCAACAUGUUAAACUAUUGGUCCUUGUAUUGAUUACACUUCUAGCACUUUAUGCUCGACUACAAAGAAUUCCUUAGGAAUACCUUGUUUUUGGGAUGGUACUAUAUGCUUAGAAAAAACAUGUUCAAAUAAACCUACAGCCCCAUUAAUACCAACAGACUGUUAAGAUUGGCUUGUUAAUUGUUAAUAUAAUAGUCCCAAUAAUUCAUGUGUUGAAGAUUGCACCUAAGCUAAUGUUUUAUAUGAGGAACAUUCAUAAUGUGAGUCUUUUUAUUUAAAUAAAAGUUGCACAGUCAAAGUUGAUUUAAUUCAAUGUGUUGACCUUCCUUUUUCUUGUCCUUCAGCAAAACAAAUUUAAUGUUUUAAAGAUAAAUUUGGAAAUGAAUGCUAUUAUUAAGAAUAAUUAUAACAAUGUGUUAAUUUAACUUGUUAAAAUUUAGAAGCUUUUUAUACAACUCAUUAAAAAUGCAAUUAACGAUUAAAAUCAUGUACAGUAAAUUUAACCUUAGAUGGAUGCCAAUAAUUAGAUGAUUGCAAUAACUAUUUAAAUUAAGAAUAAUGUAAGAUUAGUAAAGAUAAUGUGGAAUGUGAAUGGAUUAUAAAUUAAAAUAAUUGUACAAUCAAGGAAUGUUAUACUGCUCAAUUAAUUUUAUACUCAGCACAUAGUUGUUAAUAGUAUUUUGGUGAUACAUGUACUGUAAAUACAAAUUUAGAUGGAUGUGAGAUUGCUUAAAACUUAUGUAUGAAAUAUACAUUUGAAUAAUGCAAAAGUGAUGGACAAAAAAACUUAAGUGGAAUUUAUUGUUUCUGGGAUGAAGGGAAAAGUACUUGCUUAGAAAAGAUAUGUGAAAAUGGACCUGCACUUGCCUAAUCUCAUGAAGAGUGUAUAGGGUUCCUUUCUACUUGUUAAAAAGGAGGUUGUAGAAUAAAAGGAUGUUUUGAUUAUAAUUAUGCUAUUGAUUCAGCUUGUGCUUCUAUAUUUGAAGAUAAAAGAUGUGUAACUAAUGGAUAUCAAUGUAUUUUAAGAAAUGCUUGUGAAGAUGUUAAUAUUAUUGAUGGCUGUACAUUUGAUAUUGAUUAUAAUCCUUGUGUUUGGAUUGAUGAUAAAUGUUAUACCAAAACUUGCUAAACUGCAUCAAUUACUUUUAUUACAUAUUAGGAAUGCAAUUCAUAUUUGUCAUAUUGUACAGUUAAAUAAGAAGGAGGAUGCACUUAUAAAUAAAGUUGUUAGGAUUAUAUAAUCAAAGAAGCUUGCUUUACAGAUAAUUAAAAUUAAGAAUGCAUUUGGGAUGAGUAUUUAAAUUAAUGCUUUUCCAAUUUAUGCAUUGAAUUUUGUGGAGAUGGUAUUGUCUCAAGCAAGGAAGAACAAUGUGAUGAUGGAAAUUAUUUACCUUAUGAUGGUUGUUAUAAAUGUCAAAUACAUUGUCCAUUAGGAUGUAAUUUUUGUAAUGGUAUUAUAUGUUAAGAUUGUUAAAAAAAUGGUUGGGUAUUGAAUAAUGGUGUUUGUACUUCAAUAUGUGGAGAUGGAUAUGCAGUAGGAAAGGAAUUAUGUGAUGAUGGAAAUAAUAUUGAAUUCGAUGGAUGUUAUUAAUGUUCUUAUUCAUGUCAUCAGAUGUGUCUCAAUUGUUUCUAAGGAUUAUGUAUUGAAUGUCAAAAAGGAUACUUAGAAGAUGGAUCAUAAUGUAAUAAUAUUUGUGGGGAUGGAUAUUUAAUUUAGCAUUUAGAAUAAUGUGAUGAUGGAAAUGUUUAAAAUAAUGAUGGAUGUAGCAAUACUUGUAAAGUUGAAAUGAAUUGGAAAUGUCAACAAGAUAAUAAUAUUAGUGUUUGUAAUUACGUUAUUCUACCUAAGAUUCUACUUACUAAACUCUCCAAAACAAUCUCAGAUAAUCAAGAAUUUAAAUUAUCAUUUUCUUAACAAGUACGUUUGAAUGUAACAGACAUUAGUGAAGAACAAUUUCUAUAGAUGAUUAUAGUUGUUAUUGAAAAUGCUUAAGAUAAUGAAUAUGAUGUUGAAAUUAAACCCAUUAAUUCUAUCACUAUUGAAUUAACUGAUGUAGCAUAUAAAUUAUUAGUUAAUUUUAAAUAGAAUAUUGAGAAUCCUGUUUUAAAAGUAACAAUAAAGUGUGAUAAUAUUGUAGAUAUAUGGGACAACACUUUAUAGUCUAAUGUAGCAAAGUUAACAUUAAAAUCUCCUUAUAAAAUGUCAAAUGAUCAUAAAUCACUUUUAUAAAAAACUGCUCUUUUAGGUAGAAUUGUUAUGUAUAUCAUUAUGAUUGUAAGUUGUGUUGCUUUUUUAUUUGGCAAUUUAGAAAUUUUAUGGAAUCUGCUAGAUAUGCUACAAUAAUUAUCAUUUAUGAAAUAUCACAAUCUUCAAUUUCCAGAAAACUUAUAAAUUUAUUUUGAAAUAUUUACUAUUGGAUCAUUUACUCCCAUAAUUGAUAUAUUGUAAACAGAUUUAUUUUUACAAAAUCUAUUUGAUUAUUAAAUUCCACUUAUACCAGCCAAAUGGAAAUUCGAAUAUUAUUAAAUCAAUUGUUAUUUUUUAUAAAACCUAUUAACACUAUUCUCUGUAGUGAUAUUGGGAUUUGUCUAUUUUGUAAUCUCGUAUUUAUUUUAUAAAUUUCUUAUAAUUAUUAAAUAUUAGAAUUGGCCAGCUAUAUUUUACAAUAAUUAUCCAGAAUUUUUUUAUAAGGUAAUCAAAUUUAUUUUUUCACUCUAAAAACUGGCAAGAAAAUAAUAUCAAUAUUUUAUUUACUCUGGAUUAAUCAGAAUUUAUACAUCUAACUUUUAUGAAUUGACUUUUACAUCUAUUUUACAAAUUGUCAACUUAAAUUUAGAUACAACUAUUAAUACAAUUAUCUCUUUAUUGGCAAUAAUUACAUUAAUAUGUAAUUUUUUCCUUAUUUAUUUUGUUUUUUCAUAUCUAAGGAAAAAUGAUAGAGUAAAUAAAACUGUAUCAGUUUUAAUAGAAGGAAUAGAAAAUAAAAUAAACUAAGGAACUAAAUAAUAUUUUACUAUUUUAUUAUUGAAAAAAACCCUUUUCAUUAUUAAUAUUGUUGCAUUUUAAGACCUUGUAGCUGCUUAGAGUUUAAUUACAGCCUUGGUAUCAGGAGUAUUUUGUUGCUAUAUUAAAAUUUAUAAACCUUUUGAGAAUAAAUAUGAAAAUACUAAAUUAUUCAUAACAGAAAUUCUGAUUAUGUUAAAUACUAUAGUCUUCUCUAUAUAUGAAAUUAUCAAAUCUAAUGAAGAAAAAGAAUAAACUGAAUUAUUAGGCUGGAUUAAUGUAGCAGGUUUCACAUUGAUUCUUAUUUUAACACUAGCAAUUGAUGUCUACUAACAAAUAAAAAAAUACUUUAAAUUGAUUAUGUUUUAAUUUAAUUAAUGCUUUGCUAGUUAAAAGAACAAUCCAGAAUAAACAAAAAAGAUGAUAUGCAAUAUUUGA